AUGAAGAAAAAAAAAGAUACAAAGAACAACAUCAAAUUGCCAGACAGGGGAAAAGAAAACAACAACAAAACGUAUACAUUCGGGAAAGAAAACGCACAAAAACAAGCCAGCAGCAAAAGAGAUUUCUUCAUAGACGUCGUCGAUUUACGUUACGAAGGAAAAAACAUAUUUAUCAAAACGUUAACAAUGUCGUCGGCCGUAGAUGCAAAUGUUAAACUAUCACGUCUACUCUUAUUGGCCCACAAAUUUAAUAAUUUCUAUUUGAAUGGAUUCCAAAAAGGAGAUAUACGUCCUUUUCUAGUCGAAGGUCAACAAGUUGGUCUAAUUAAAUCCGAUGUGAUUAAACAAUUAAACAAAUACCCAGAGGUGUUUUGCAUACGAGAUUGUGAAUACACAAAACAGGGUAUUGUGGAAUUAAAUCCCGCAUUUCGUGACUAUUCUGAACGCACCGAAAAACUAGAUAAAGUCUUAAGAGAACUUCGGUCAAAGGGCAUAUUUUCCGCAUUACAAGGAUGGAGAGAAGAGUAUUAUGAAGUUAAGGCCGAGCACAAUAGCCUUUUAAAAAUGGAUCGCUCAGCUACACCCUUAUUCGGUGUACGAAAAUAUGGUGUCGAUAUUAAUGGCUAUGUCAAACAUCCUACUCAAGGUCUUUGCAUUUGGUUGCAACAGCGCUCCAAUACCAAAGAAACCUGGCCGGGUAAAUGGGAUAAUAUGGUGGGUGGCGGUCUCUCGGUUGGCUAUGGCAUAAAAGAAACCGCCAUUAAGGAGGCGGCCGAAGAAGCCUCUAUACCAAGCGAUCUUGUCAAAAAUCUCGUAUCGGCUGGUUGUGUUUCGUUUUUCUUCGAAAGCGAACAGGGUCUGUUUCCCAACACCGAGUAUGUAUUCGAUUUAGAGCUGCCAUUAGAUUUUGUACCACACAAUGCUGACGGCGAAGUGCAAGCUUUUGAGCUGUUACCCGCCAAGGAGUGCAUCGAAAGAGUCUUUACCCCCGAAUUUAAAACAACUAGCUGUCCAGUGGUAAUAGAUUUCCUUAUACGGCACGGUAUUAUAACGCCAGAAAAUGAAUUUUGGUUUACGCAGAUCAUCGAGCUAUUACACGUACCCUUGCAGUCAUUAUACACAUAUAAACAACGGCUAGAUGAAUGUAAAAAGCAUCUACAACUACAAUCUCAACCGGAUCAAUCACCAUCAAUAGAUAAAUUAGUAACAAAUAAUAAAAUAAUUGAAAAUGGACACAACAAACCACCAGCAACUGAGGCCAAUUAA